AUUAGACUUCUUCCAUCACAAGAUGAGAUAGGUAUAUUACUAUAAAAUUCCCCUUAAAAAGUUCAUUUUCAACAGAUUAUGACAUGAUUGGUCUCUACCGUACUCUCGUGAUGAUGACGAUAGCAUCGUUCGACAAGGGUUAGUAUUCUUGGGCAUUUUAUCAUUAUUGGGGUAACUGAAACAUCUCAUUUAUCGAGAACGUUUCGGUACUUCCUACCUACCUAGGCACCUUGAUUUAGUAUAAUCAUACUUAUUGACAACUCCUGUCGCUGUCAAUAGAACUAACACGUGAAUUUGGUUACCUAUGCGAUUUCGCCCUGGGCUGUAUCCUAAUGUCCUAGAUUGUUAUGGAUGUCGAUUCUGGUUGAUUAUACGUAGGUACCGAUCGUGAUAUUACGUCAUAUAUCUGUCAUUGCAUUCCUUGAGGCGUUGGAGAUAUCUCCGUUUCAAGUCAGCAACACCAGGUUUUUCUCCGGGAGAAAUCUUUCGGGAGAAAUCAAUAAUUCGAUGACCCGGAACUCUACUCUCUAAAUAGCAACCAUGGCUUCCUCAGUAAAAUCAGCUCUUCUUGUCAUUGACAUGCAAAACUUCUUCACCACUAUGACUGAAGCUGCCCUCCCGCGAAUCCAGACUCUCAUUCGCCACUUCAGCUCGAAUAAUCUCCCUGUCAUAUUUACCCAGCACGGACACGACGAGACCGACUUGUCCGGUCCGCCUUACCCCAACCAACUUGUUCGAAAGUGGGGUCCCGAGGGUAGCAUUCAUCUGGGUUCGAAGGAUUGGGAAUUGCAGGCACCGAUCAAGAAAUUGAUAAAGGAGGAAUUCGGGAUUGAUGUUCAGAUUGUGAGAAAGAAUACGUAUGACGCGUUCAUCAAUACGGAUUUAGAUGAGCGCCUGAAGGGCAUGCGGGUAGAGAGAGCAGUGGUCUGCGGUUGCAUGACCGACUGCUGCGUCGACACCACGGCGCGCGGGGCAUUUAAUCGAGGCUGGGAAACGUGGCUCGUCAAAGAUGCUUGCGGUAGCGCGAGCAAGUCUCAACACGAAGCAGGUCUGAAAGGAUUCGGCUUUGCUUUUGGAGAGGUUAUGACUACGGAAGAUGUUAUCAAGCAUAUCUAGCACCUAGGUGCCCCAUAUUGACGAAGUAGCGAAGGAUUUUGGGUGUCCCAAAAGUAAGAAGCUACGUGGGGCAAGUCUAUCUUAGAAUAUUCCCUUUUCGUCUACAUUUAAGCCAAUCCGCCAAUCAGGACCAGGGAUCAGCUUCAGGGAUUAGAGGUGUCACGACACACGCGUGUAUGUAUCUUCCCGAAGGCUUAUUGGGUGGAGCUCCU